AUGCAGCCUGCCCGUCGCCUGGCGCUGCGCGUCGCCGCCGCCCGCGCAUACUCGACGCCGGCCUUUGGCUCGGUCCAGGCCACGUACACGCUCGCCAACGGCCACCCGCUGCACUACUUUACGCACGGCCCAGCAAACGCCGAGACCACGUACGUCCUCUUCCACGGCGCGCCCGGGUCGCACAAGGACUUCAAGUACCUCGCGCCGCUGCUCGCCGAGACGAACGCCAACGUCGUUGCGUUCGACAUGCCAGGCAAUGGAUUCACGCCGGCGGCCGCCGCUGGCGGCAUCCCGGGUCUCAGCGCGGACACGGUCAACGCCGCGGCCGUCGAAGCCAUGGACGGCCUUCGCACCGGCCGCCGACGCAUCGUGCUGGGCCACUCGUGCGGCGGGCACACUGCGAUCCAAGUCGCUGCGCGCGCCAAGCACGUGGACGGCCUCGUGCUGCUAAACUCGAUGGGGCUCCGGCCGCACCAGGGGAUCCGGCCCUUUGGUGUCAUGAACUGGAUGGCGAAGCGGCUGUACGCGGAAGGCCUCGCACGGGACCUCGUCGCCAAGGCCAACCACUGGCUCUUUAUCGAGGUCUACAAGUUCCCGCGCCGGACGCCGCUUGAUGACCUCACGUAUGCGCUGCAGCGGUUCGGGACCGCCAACUUUGACAACACCAACGUCUUUGCUGCCGAGCUUCGAGCGCGCGAGUUCCCAAUCUUCGCCGCGUGGGCCGUCGACGAUGCCCUUGUCGAGAAGGAAGUGUCGCGCGAGCUCAGCGACGCACUGAGCGCCAAUAUGCAGGCCGCCGACCUCGUUGCGGCAUUGGCCACGUGGAGCGAAGCGCUCGGAUCACCGUAG